CUAUAUAUAGGAUAAUCAGAGCCUUUGAAAGUACUGCAUGAACAAAACAGUACUGAAAACUGAGAACUGCGUUUGUUUUGUUACGGGUGGUAUGUGUUUUGUUCACGGAGUGGAAAAUAAGUGACAGAUAUGUGUAACGUAGAGCAAGCUUCUGUAGUUGAUAUAAAGAGUGAAAUAUCAAAUUGUAGCCAGACCAGUUGCGGAAUACCAGUAGUAGGAGAUGAUUUGUCAUACGCAGAAUUCUUCGAGAAUUUUAUGUUGAAAAAUUAUCCCGUAAUAAUAAAGGGUAAUUUUACAAAGGAAUGGGAGAGCGCUACAAAAUGGGUUAAAGAUGAUAAACCCAUGUUUUCGUACCUUAAAGAAAAUUUUGGGCAAACUGAAGUACCUGUAGCUGAUUGUGGUAGAAGACACUAUAAUGUCCAGGAAAAAAGCACAUUUAAGCUUUGUGAUUACCUUGAUUAUUGGUCAGAUUAUAUAAGAAAUGACUACCCAGAGACAAUGCCGUGCUUUUACUUAAAGGACUGGCAUUUCACAAGAGACUUUCCCCUACAUUUGAUCUACCGCACUCCUCAGUAUUUUGCCAGUGAUUGGCUUAAUGAAUACUAUUAUGACCAUAAAAAUAAAAAUGAUGAUUAUAGAUUUGUGUAUAUGGGUCCUAAAGGUUCAUGGACUCCAUUUCAUGCUGAUGUAUUCACAUCAUUUAGUUGGUCUGUAAAUAUUUGCGGUCAGAAGAGAUGGUUGCUGUUUCCUCCAGGACAGGAAAGUUUUUUAAGAAAUAAGUUUGGGAACUUACCGUAUGACUGUACAAGUGAUGAACUUAAAAAUGAAGAUUUGUUUCCAGAAUAUAAAAAAUUAAAUCCUCCAUAUGAAAUAUUACAGCAAGCCGGUGAAGCAGUAUUUGUUCCUUCUGGCUGGCAUCAUCAAGUUUGGAACAUGAAAGACACAAUUUCCAUCAAUCACAACUGGGUUAAUGGCUGCAACAUCAAAACAAUGUGGUUGUCAUUGAAGAAUCAUUUGGCUGCUGUGAAAAAGGAAAUAGAAGAUUGCAAGGAAAUGGAGGAAUGGAAUAGCCACUGUCAAAUAAUGCUUAGAGCUUCUUUUGGGUUAGACUAUGAAGAAUUUUAUAGGUUUUUAUUACAUAUUAGCAAGAAAAGAAUUGAGUCUCUUCAUGGAAAGGAUGAUUUAAUAGUUUAUGGAAAUUGGAGAAUUGGCAGAAAUCAUAUUGUUUUUGAUUUACUUAAGAUAAAUGAAGUUUUGAACCUCUUCCUCUCUGACACUGACUGUGAAAUUGCACUGAAGGAACUGGAUGUACAGAAACCAAAAGACUUGUUGUCUGAAAUAAAUUCAGUGGUAUAAAUUCAGCUGAGGGAAAGCAGAUGGUGCCAUAGUGACAGUUUCAAUACUGCAACAUGGUUCAUAACAUUGUUUUGCAGAGGAGUCUGAAGUACUGGUACUGAACACAUGGAAAAGAUCAUCUGGGAAACAUACCAAAGACAGUGAUAGUACUACACACACACACACACACACACACACAGAGAGAGAGAGAGAGAGAGAGAGAGAGAGAGAGA